UAGUCAGCGUGAUCUUCAUUGUGACUUCAAUGACGUCAGCAUCGACGUUCGAUGACGUCCAAAACCUGACGACGGCGUUAUUUGUCACCGGAUCUUACAACAAAGAAAUCCGACCGACUUACAACCAGUUCUAUCCAACGUAUGUGACUGUCGUCUUUAACCUAGCAGGUAUAACGGAUGUUGACCAAGUGGAGGAAAAACUUACAACGACAGUAUUCCUUACUUUGUUCUGGACAGACGAACACUUGAUGUGGGACCCGGCGACAUACGGAGGACUCUCUUCGAUCCUCGUGCCACAGUCGAAAGUGUGGAGGCCCGACAUAGCAUUGGAAAAUGGCUUCACGAAGAUGACGGAGCUAGGUGACAGCUUUCUCUUGCUUAAUAUCAAAAGCGACGGAACCGUUUACUGGGUUCCGUACGAAAUUUUUGAAACAAAAUGUUCCAUGGACAUCACAUACUUUCCCUUCGACAAACAAAAAUGUGAUAUUAACGUCGGAGUCUGGACGAGCGAAGUCGAUGACGUCAUGGUCAGAGUAGGAGUUGCAGCGAUGACUGAAGACAGCUAUCAAGAGAAUGGCGAAUGGGAUUUAACUGAAACCAGUGCCACAACUUACAUAUCUAAAUCUAACAAUGCUAAUGUCAAGUUUUCGCUCUACAUGGAUCGUAAACCACAGUACUAUAUAUACAAUGUCGUGGCUCCAAUUCUCCUGCUUUCAAUUUUAUCUGUGUUUACAUUUGCGAUUCCAGUAGAUAGUGGUGAAAAACUUGGUUUCUGUAUGACAGUGUAUUUAGCCUUUGCGGUGUUUCUUACAAUUGUAAGUGCGUCACUUCCGGUUUCGUCAUACAUGUCUCUUUUAGGAAAGUAUCUUAUAUUUCUUUUAGUUGUAGGUACUUUAAUAAUUGUGAUAACAGCAGUUGAACUAAGAAUUCAUUUUAGAGACAGUUCCCGUGAAAUCCCGGGAUGGGUGCAAUGUCUCGUGAGAUUCAGUCUGGUUCUCCAAUGCCGAAGACGCCGACGAAAGGUUGUCGAUCAGGCGACAGAUACAGUCACGAAAACGUCCACCGUCGAUGACAAAGACGAGGACAUUGUUACAAUAUCGUGGAUGUCUGUUUCUGCCGCUAUUGACUUUUACUGUUUCUGGAUUUUUCUCACAACAGUUAUGUUAGGGACAUUAGUGUUAUUUUUGACAGGAUAUCAGGAAAGUCACGCCUAGCAACCAUGCCGAAUUUGAAGAAAAAAAACCCAACUAUUUAAUCGAUCCUUCAAUCGUGUUUAUUUUAUCCAAUGUGGAAAUAAAUGUUCAUGUUUAAUUUCCUUCGGCACAUAAGCUAGACAGAAGAGAGAAUCAACUCUUCUUUUAGAUUCUAUUUCAUGUAUUUAGCAUAUGGAGAAAUGAGGGCCACUUUUGCUCAUGAAUAUUAAUGAGGGGCGGAGCAUGUUUGAUCACGUGAUCAUCAGAGUUUUUCCGCGCCACCAUGGCAACCAACAUAUUUUUUUUUUGUUCCCAGGCUCAUUUUAGUUACGAUUUCGGCGUAUUUUAAGACAAAUCUGUAGAAUAAAAUUAACCAACUGGUCACAUUGAACAAGAUUUAUCAAAAAUAACAGGAACGGGAGUUACAUAACUUCUUAAAUAUAAGGGAAAAUAUGGAAUAUAUAGCCAGACAGCUGUCAUUCUCGCACAUUCUAUACUUCCGAUGAAGGAGCAUAAACAAUGAGCAUUUUGUACUUGUUACGUCUACACUAUAUACAAAUCGUAUUUUAUUUAUAUGUAAGAAAACAUUUAAGAUAUUA